ACAAGAAGAGAGGCCACCAGGUUGGAGAAAGAGGUGUGUCACUGCAGCUGCUUAAUCCCUACGCUACCUUCUCAACCUAUAUUUCUUCCUCCAUUUCCACUCUCCUCCUCGCCCGCUUCCUCAUCCUCCAUCCUUUUAUAUUCUUCACCACUCCACUUCCCAAACCUUUCAUCAAGAUGUCGUGGCAAACCUAUGUUGAUGACCAUCUCAUGUGCGAAAUUGAAGGCAAUCAUCUCACUGCCGCUGCUAUCCUCGGCCAAGACGGCAGCGUUUGGGCUCAGAGUGCCACCUUCCCUCAGUUCAAGCCCGAAGAAAUUACUGCCAUAAUGACUGAUUUUGCUGAGCCUGGUACGCUUGCACCAACUGGCUUAUACCUUGGUGGCACAAAGUAUAUGGUGAUCCAAGGUGAACCAGGGGCUGUCAUUCGAGGCAAAAAGGGCUCUGGUGGUGCCUGUAUUAAGAAGACCAUUCAGGCUUUGAUCAUUGGUAUAUAUGAUGAGCCUCUGACUCCUGGUCAGUGCAACAUGAUUGUUGAAAGGCUGGGUGAUUAUCUCAUUGAUCAGGGUCUUUAGUUGCUUCGGAAAGUGUGGUAGUUUCUUCAGGCAAUCCUAAUGAAAGCAAUCCCAUCUCAGCAAUUAGUAGCUGGCUUACAACUGCUAUAACACCCCCAUGCCACAGUGGAUAUGAAGUGAGAAACAACCACCUCCUUUACACCCCCACGCUCGACUCUUCACAUUUCCUACCAAUAGUCACUGCAAGAACAUACCCCAUCUUUAAAAUGAUGGAAGCGGCUACGAUCCCGCACAAUAAUCUCCCGCUUCACAAUCCCAGAAAUUAUCUUUGCUGCAUCAUGACAGUCAUUACAAAUUCGUAGAUUCUUAACAACUCGAAUUGUGGUUCCUUCACUAGUGCUGAUAAGCCCAAAUGCAAUUGCCAACUUCUCACUGUGAAUUGACAAAGCAUCCUCCUUCUCUUCUUCAUCAAUGCUAUGCACUACGAGGUCAGUUUUGGGUUUGUACCCAGCUAGCUUCAUUUUCCACAUUAAUUCUCUUAUCAUUGAAUAUAUCUUGUUAGACUCUGGGUGUGAUAAAUCUCCCAUGAAGAACUCAUGUACUGUGUUGUCCACCUCUAUCCAGCUGCAUCCAGGGGUUUUCAGCACCCCAUUCUCUCGCAUUCUCAACCUGCACUUUGCAGCAUCAUCUAAUCUACCCAUUGAAGAAUAAACAUUGGCGAGAUAAACAUAGCUUCCAGAAUGGUCAGAAUCUAGCUCAAGAAUAUGUUGAACGACUCGCUGUCCUCUUCCACUGUCCCUGUAAAUCCGACAACCACCAAGCAAUGCACCCCAAAUUAUGACAUUGGGUUUCAUAGGCAUUGAGCUGAUCAUAUCCUCUGCUUUGUCGAGUUCACCAGCACGGCUGAGAAGAUCAACCACACAACCAUAAUGUUCAACCUUUGGGCUGACUCCAUACUCCUUGUCCAUAGUAUUGAAACAAUUGAGCCCCUUCUUGACCAACCCUGCAUGAGUACAUGCUGUUAACAAUCCCAUGAAAACAACAUCAUUUGGCUUUUCUCCACAGUCCAGCAUUUCAUAAAAGCAUCCAAAAGCUUCAUCUGCAUGUCCGUACAUGGCCAACCCACAUAUGAUUAUACUCCAUGAGAUCACAUCUCUCUCUUCCAUCUUAUUGAAUACCCUUCUAGCCUCCGUUAUGCAUCCACACUUUGCAUACAUAUCUGCCAGUGCAUUCCCCAAGAACAAGCCCAAGGCCAUCUCUCUCCGACUGAUAAAUCCAUCAAUCCACUUCCCCAGAUCAAGUGCACCAAGAUGCGCGCAAGCCGGCAACACACUAACAAGGGUAACAUCAUUUGGCACCACACCACCGAAUUGUUGCAUCAUCCGGAACACCUCAAUAGCAUCACUGUACUUCUCAUUCUGUGCAUACCCUGCAAUCAUGGCAUUCCAACAAACCACAUUCCUCUCCGGCAUCUCAUCAAAAAGCCGCCGAGCAUCCUCCAAUCUACCCAUCCGCGCAUACCCGCUUAUCAACGUCGACCAAGAAACGAAAUUCUUCUCGCGCAUCCUAUCAAACACCCAUCUAGCGUCGUCCGCACACCCACACAAGCAAUACCCAGAAACCAAAGUGUUCCAAGAAACCACAUCUCUCACAAACAUUUCAUCGAACAGAUGCCGUGCAAGCAAAAGAUAACCCGCUUUGAAAUACAUAUCUAUGAGCGAAUUCCGAACAAAGAGAUUGGAUUCAAACCCUUGUUUGGUGACCAUGGCGUGGAUUUUCUGGCCGUUGACAACGUGGGCAAGGCCAGCACAGGCCUUGAGCACAGAAGUGAAAGUGAACUCAUCUGGGUUCGGGGCAUUGGGCGAUGAAACUUGGUGGUUAAAGAACUGGAUUGCAUGGAACCAGUGACUGUUUUGAGCUAAAGCUUUGAGAGUGGCGUUGUGGGCGAAUAUAUUGGGGCUGGCGAGGUGGGCGAAGAUGAGAGCGGCCUGGCGCACGUUAGCGUGGUCGGCGCAAGCGCCAAUGAGCUUGACGGCGAUGAGGUUUGGGUCGACGACGGAGGAGGGGAUUGGAGAGGUGAUCAGCUGAGCUUGGAUUUGGAGGACCUGCGCCAUUGUGAGGUGGCCGGCGCAUUUUAGCAGGAGACUCGUGAGUCUCUGGUGGCGGUGGUGGUGGUGGAGAGCCACCGUGGGCUAGCUCUCUGGGUUGACACGGUUACUGAAUCAAUAAUAGGGCGCUGGUUCCUUUUCUUUCCACCGUGUCAUUGGCUAUUAUUAGAACAACGAUUGCAGGGUUGGUUGGUUCGAACAAAUUUUGGCGCGCAAUAAAUAAACACAUCUUUAUAUAUAUAUAUAUAU